GGCUGGUUGCAAACCGAGCCAUGGCGGAUGUCCUGCAGAGUGCGGUCGCUUUCCAGCUGCACUGGACCCUGGUGCCGCAGACCCAGGAGACGGAGCGGCAGGUGGCCAACAUCGGGAGCCAGGCUUUCUCCUGCCAGUACCAGCGCGUCAUGGGCAUCUCGGCCAUCCAGGCUGCGCGCCUGGCCAAGCACGGCCAGGUGUGCCUGCCUGCUGGCUGCGAAGGCUAUGACCUGGAGGACGACAUGAUCGACGACCGGCCCGCGCCCAUUGCGUUGGGCAUGCCGUGCCUGGUGGGACUUGAGCUUAUGGCCUACCUGGGAAUCGAGGAGAGCGCAGAGGGCGAGAUCCACAGGCUGAAGGUCGUGGGCGCCGCGUCGGACUCCGGCGCUCGCCUGGUACCGCGGCGCGCGGUGCUGCCGCUGCCCACGGAGGGCGCGCGGGUCGGGGACUGGGUGCUCCCUGUGGAGCUGCCACAGGCGGAGCGGCGCUUCUUGGGCUGCACGGGCCUUUGCCUGGAGCACCUGGAGAAGGAGCAUGGCAAAGACUUCAUGCUGGUGGCCUUUCCCAGCACAUGCCCGCAGGUGCCGCCGGAGCUGGUUCAACUUCCUCCAGAGAAGUUAGUUUCGCUGCCCAGCAAGCACACAGAUGUCCUGACCCCCCUUGAAGCGCAGAUCCUCAAGCAGCGAGAGGUGCAGGAGGAGCUGAAAAAGGCCGCUUUGCCUGGAGCCACUGAGCCAGAUGCUGAGUUGGAGCUGGAGAGUGGGGACAGCUGCACCUGCCAGAGCUCCGAGGACGAGGAGGAGGAGGAGGCAGAGGCUCCCGAGAAGCGGCGGCGCUUGGAGGAUGGAUGAAGACAGGGGUGCCGCCCAAGUUGAGAAGCAUAAUGCUUGUUGGCAAACAGCUGU